AUGGCGGCGGGAGAGGUGGCGGCGGCGGGCUCCGCCGAGCACUUCCAGCAGCUGCUGCAGCAGAAGGACAGGUCCCUUGUAGUUGUCCACUUUUGGGCACCAUGGGCUCCUCAGUGUGCUCAAAUGAAUGAGGUUAUGGCGGCACUAGCAAAGGAACACAUGCAGGUUACAUUUGUGAAGCUGGAAGCUGAAGCUGUGCCUGAAGUAUCUGAAAAGUACGGAAUUAGUUCUGUUCCAACGUUCUUAUUCUUCAAGAAUUCUCAGAAAGUUGACAGAUUAGAUGGUGCACAUGCCCCAGAGCUGACCAAAAAAGUGCAGCGCCACGCGUCCAGCAGUUCCGUUUCUGCUGGCUCUAAUGACAGCGCAAAAGAAGAUCUUAAUGUGCGUCUAAAGAAACUCAUCAAUGCUGCCCCUUGCAUGCUGUUUAUGAAAGGGUCUCCAAAAGAACCUCGCUGUGGUUUCAGCAAACAAAUGGUGGAGAUACUGAACAAACAUGGUAUUUCAUUUAGCAGUUUUGAUAUUUUUUCUGAUGAAGAAGUUCGUCAGGGGCUGAAAACAUAUUCUAAUUGGCCAACGUAUCCGCAGUUGUAUGUAGCUGGAGAGCUUAUAGGUGGACUUGAUAUUGUCAAGGAACUUGAGGCAUCUGGAGAACUGGACGCAGUCUGUCCGAAGGCGCAGAAGUUGGAGGACAGGCUUAAAACCUUGAUAAACAAAGCUCCUGUGAUGCUUUUUAUGAAAGGAAGCAAACAGAUGGCAAAAUGUGGAUUCAGCAAGCAAAUUAUAGAAAUAAUGAAUAGUACUGGCGUUGAUUAUGAGACAUUUGACAUACUGGAAGAUGAAGAGGUGCGGCAAGGAUUAAAAACCUAUUCAAACUGGCCAACGUAUCCUCAAUUGUAUGUGAAAGGUGAACUUGUUGGAGGGCUGGAUAUUGUUAAGGAACUGAGGGAAAGUGGUGAAUUGUUGCCUAUCCUGAAGGGAGAAAAUUAAUGGAAAAGGACAUCAAUGGGAACAGAAAUACUUUGAGCGAUUAUUCAUUUAUAGAUUAUAUUGGAGCAAUAUGCAACUUAGCCUUGUGGAACCGAUCAGGAGUAAAGAAAGACAGCUUAUGUACUCUGUGUAUUUCACAAGACCAUGUUACAUAUGAAAAUGUGUUUCCACUGAAGAUACAAAAAUGUCAAGAUCUUCAAAUUCAAUUAAAAUGUAAUGCUAAAGAAGUUUGGGUUUGUUAUUACACUCUUUCUGUGUAUUCAUUGCACCUAGAUGUUUAAGAAUUGAGUAAUGACACCACUAUCCGUUGCAGUACUAUAUAGGACUAAGUCGCUUUUUUUUGGGGGGGGCUCAGCUCUCAUUAGGAGAAUAUUAAUGGGUAUACCUCUGUGGUAUGGAGCAUAAUAAUUUUCUGUCCCUGUUAAUAAUUGUUUUCAUGUCUAGUGAGUGAGAAAAAUACUAUUGAAACCUUAAUCCAGUGCACCAUUAGGAAGUUGUUAUUAAUGAGUUUCAACUGCAUACUAUGUAUCUUCAUUAUCUAAGUAGGUACAGUAAUUGUGAAUUUCAGAUGUUCAACUUAUUUUAACAUAGCUUUUUGGACAUAUUUAAAUUACGGUGGAAAUGAGCCAAUAAACACAGUGA